AUGAGGCUGUUGGGUGUCGCCGCUGCCGCGGCUCUGGGGCGUGGGCCACUCCCGAGGGUCCCUGCCGCCGUGGGCUGGCAGGGGAAGCAGGUUAAUUGGAGGAUCUGCCGAUGGUGUUCAUCUAGGGUAAUUCCUAAUGAAAAGAUACGAAAUAUUGGAAUCUCAGCUCACAUUGAUUCUGGGAAAACAACACUAACGGAACGAGUGCUUUACUACACAGGCAGGAUUGCAAAGAUGCAUGAGGUGAAAGGAAAAGACGGAGUUGGUGCCGUCAUGGAUUCCAUGGAACUAGAGAGACAAAGAGGCAUCACCAUUCAGUCAGCAGCCACCUUUACCAUGUGGAAAGAUGUCAAUAUCAACAUCAUAGAUACUCCUGGCCAUGUGGACUUCACGAUUGAAGUUGAAAGGGCUCUGAGAGUGUUGGAUGGAGCAGUCCUCGUUCUCUGUGCUGUUGGAGGGGUGCAGUGCCAGACCAUGACUGUCAAUCGUCAGAUGAAGCGCUACAACGUUCCAUUUCUAACUUUCAUUAACAAACUGGACCGAAUGGGCUCCAACCCAGCCCGGGCACUGCAGCAAAUGAGGUCCAAGCUAAAUCAUAAUGCAGCAUUUGUGCAGAUACCCAUUGGUUUGGAGAAUGAUUUUAAAGGUAUUAUAGAUCUUAUUGAGGAACGAGCUAUCUAUUUUGAUGGAGAAUUUGGUCAGGUUGUUCGAUACGGUGAAAUUCCAGCAGAAUUGAGGGCAAUGGCAGCUGACCACCGGCAGGAGCUGAUUGAAUGUGUUGCCAAUUCUGAUGAGCAACUUGGUGAGCUGUUUCUGGAAGAAAAGAUCCCAUCAGUUUCUGAUAUAAAGCUUGCAAUCCGAAGAGCUACUUUAAAUAGAUCUUUCACUCCUGUCUUUAUGGGAAGUGCCUUGAAGAACAAAGGAGUUCAGCCUCUUUUAGAUGCUGUUUUAGAAUAUCUCCCAAAUCCAUCAGAAGUCCAGAAUUUUGCUGUUCUUAAUCAGGAGGAUGACUCAAAAGAGAAAACCAAAAUUUUGAUGAACUCCAAAAGAGACAACUCCCACCGAUUCGUCGGCCUGGCUUUUAAACUGGAGGCAGGUCGAUUUGGACAGCUAACUUACGUCCGUAAUUAUCAGGGCGAGCUAAAGAAGGGUGACACCAUCUAUAAUACGAGGACAAGAAAGAAGGUGCGGGUACAACGGCUGGUUCGCAUGCAUGCCGACAUGAUGGAGGAUGUUGAGGAAGUGUAUGCCGGAGACAUCUGUGCAUUGUUUGGCAUUGACUGUGCUACUGGGGACACAUUCACAAACAAAGAUAAUAGUGGCCUUUCUAUGGAGUCAAUUCAUGUUCCUGAUCCUGUCAUUUCAAUAGCAAUGAGGCCUUCUAACAAGAAUGAUCUAGAAAAAUUCUCAAAAGGUAUUGGCAGGUUUACAAGAGAAGAUCCCACAUUUAGAGUCCACUUUGACACUGAGAGCAAAGAAACAAUUGUAUCUGGAAUGGGGGAAUUACACUUGGAGAUCUAUGCUCAGAGGAUGGAAAGAGAAUAUGGCUGCCCUUGUAUCACAGGAAAGCCAAAAGUUGCCUUUAGAGAAACCAUUACUGACCCUGUCCCGUUUGAGUUUACACAUAAGAAACAAUCCGGUGGUGCCGGCCAGUUUGGGAAAGUGAUGGGUGUGCUGGAGCCUCUGGACCCAGAGGACUACACCAAGCUGGAGUUCUCAGAUGAAACUUUUGGGUCAAAUAUUCCAAAGCAGUUUGUGCCUGCUGUAGAAAAGGGGUUUUUGGAUGCCUGUGAGAAGGGCCCUCUUUCUGGUCACAAACUGUCUGGGCUCCGGUUUGUCCUGCAAGAUGGAGCACACCACAUGGUUGAUUCCAAUGAGAUUUCUUUCAUCCGAGCUGGAGAAGGUGCUCUUAAACAAGCCCUGGCAAAUGGAACAUUAUGUAUUCUUGAACCUGUUAUGGCCGUGGAAGUUAUAGCUCCUAGUCAAUUUCAGGGAGCAGUGAUUGCAGGAAUUAACCGGCGUCAUGGAGUAAUCACAGGCCAGGAUGGAAUUGAGGACUAUUUUACGUUGUAUGCAGAUGUUCCUCUAAAUGAUAUGUUUGGUUAUUCCACUGAACUUAGGUCAUGCACAGAGGGUAAAGGAGAAUAUACGAUGGAGUACUGCAGAUAUCAGCCAUGUUCACCAUCCACUCAAGAAGAUCUCAUUAACAAAUAUUUGGAAGCUACAGGUCAACUUCCAGAUAGAAAGGGAAAAGCCAAGAACUAA